AUGUUCCCCACCGGGGCCAUGACCCCCGAAGUAUUGCAGAAGCUGUGGUUGCAGAUGGCUCUAAACCUUCAAAAUGGUACCGCACCGACCUUGCCCGGGAUGCCGACCACGCCCACCUCAACCACAGGGCUGUUUCCGAGUGCGGCUAGCCUGUCGGUGCCCGUGAAUCCUGGGAGUCCGACGACGAGCAAUUUGAAUAGCGAUCAGGUGGCCAGGAUGUGCGAGCAGCUUGAAGCCGCUGAGGACGUUGAUCGGUUGGCGAGAUUUUUAUUCACGCUACCGCCAGUGUUGGUGCAAGAGCUCCACAACAACGAGGCGUACCUCCGAGCCCGCUGCCUGAUCUGCUUCCAUAUGGGUGAUUUCCGGAAUAUGUACGCGAUCAUGGAAAGCCACAAAUUCCCGCCGGCUAGCCACGCCAAGCUGCAAGCAAUGUGGCAAGAGGCGCAUUAUCAGGAGGCCGAGAAGCUGCGCGGACGCCCUCUCGGACCCGUGGAUAAAUACCGUGUCCGCAAGAAGUACCCGAUGCCGCGCACCAUCUGGGAUGGCGAGCAAAAGACCCACUGCUUCAAGGAAAGGACCCGAUCCCUCCUCCGCGAAUCGUACUUGAAAGACGCCUAUCCCUCCCCCGCUAAGAAGAAAGAUCUGGCUGUGGCGACUGGGCUGACACCGAUGCAAGUCGGGAAUUGGUUUAAGAAUCGACGGCAAAGGGAUCGAGCGGCGGUGGCGAAGAAUAAAUCCAACGUCAUUGGGAUGGAGUUGAAGAAGGUCGGAGGGCUAGGAUUAGAAUCGGAUUCGGACGGUGACGACGAGUUUAUGGACGGUAGCAAUACCGAUAGUCCAUCUCCGCAUGAUGAGCCAAAGGACAUGACCUCAACCCCAACCCGUCCUCCCCUCACCCCAGCUGGCCUCCACCCGCUGCUAAUGUUCAACCCCGGCCUCCUGACGCAGCUCGGACUGACCGGCUUCGGCUCGUUGUCCGGCCUGCCCGGCCUCGGCCCCUUCGCCCAGUUCCAGGCUUUCAACCCGUUGUUCGCCCACCUUGCUGCCGCCCAGACCCCGCCAUCCCCCUCCUCCGAGACGGAAAAGACGGAGGUCCAAUCCCCCUCAUCAUCCCCUUCCAAAGACGAAGCGGACUGCUCGAAGGGGUCGGACUCGGCGACCGACACGACGUCGCCCGUCUCCACCAAGCACCUCAAGCACGAUGUUACAACUGAUGACGAGGACGACCGGAAGCCGGAAGAUGAACAUCCAUUCCUAAAGGAUCACUUGGCG